AUGUUUAGGAAAGUUCCCCAAUCGUUACCAUCAUUAGGUAAUGUUGAUGAUAUCUCCCAACUAGAAACAAUAGACAAUGAAAUAUUAUUGGAUUGUAUAAAGCAACGUUUUGAACAGAACAGUUUUUAUCAACAUGAAAUAUAUACAAAUAUUCGAGAUCGUAGUUCUCAACCAGCACACAUUUUCUGGGCAGCAGAUUUCGCUUAUCGUGCACUUAAAGAUGGUAAUGGACAAUGUUUGGUGGUUACCGGUGAUAGCGGAGCAGGGAAGACAGAAAGCACCAAGCUGAUAUUAAAACAUUUAAUUCAUUUGAACAAAUCUCCGUCGAAGGAACAUGAUCUCAUUGCUAAGUUAGAAAAGAUAAAUCAAGUGCUUGAAUUUUUUGGAAAUGCUGAAACGUCACUCAACGAAAAUUCAAGUCGUUUCGGGAAACUAGUGGAGAUAUCGUAUACUGAUAAUAAUACUAUUGAAUUUGCUAAAAUAGAAGGGUAUAUUCUUGAGAAAUUUAGAGUAACGGAACCAAAUGAAAAUGAAAAGAAUUUUCACGCUUUCUAUGCUCUGUUUGCUGGAAUGUCAGAUUGUGAACUCCGAGAAUUGGAAUUGGAAGAGCUUAGCGAAUAUAGAAUACUUACAACUUUUAACAAAGUGGAAGAGGAAAGAUCUUAUGAGAGGAAAUAUAAUGAAAUGAUCAAUAUUCUCGAUGAAGUUGGUCUAAACAAAGAGACAAGAGACCAGAUUCAUUCAAUACUAGCCGCUAUUCUACACCUAACUAAUAUAGAAUUUGACGAGGACCCAAGUGGUGCAAUUGGAUUCUUAGAUGUUAAAGCUUUGGAAAGUAUCGAUAGAUUUGGUCGUAUGCUGAAUUUAGAAGAAGAAGACUUUGAUAAUAUCAGGCGAUUGCUCCUGUCAACAGAAAUAAGAGAUGAGAAAAGAUUAAAGACUCUAUCUGAUGCUGAAGAUGGUCGAGAUGCUCUAGCACGAGAAUUGUAUUCUUGUUUAUUCUAUGGAAUUAUUGACGUGAUCAAUUCAAUAUUAGCUAAUAAUCACCUGGAUAAAAGUUCGAAUAAGAAGAAGUCUAUACGAAUUCUUGACAUCUCUGGAUUUGAGAACCUUGAAAAGAAUAACAGCUUUGAACAGUUGUUGAUCAAUACAGUAAAUGAAAAUCUUCAGCAGUAUUUCUUACGACAAGCUUUCAAAGAAGAAGAGAGAGAGUUUCUGUCAGAAGGUGUACGGUUUGAUAGCGUCCAAUAUAGAGAUAAUACUGAUGUCAUAAGUUUAUUAUGUAGACCACCAGUUGGUAUAAUACACAUAUUAAAUGAUUCGGUAUCAGUUAAUCCGUCAGUACGACAUUUUAUACAACACGUACAACAGAUUCAUCACCAAAAUCCCAAUUUUAGCAUUAUCAAAGGGAAUCAAAGAAGUCAACAUACGAUGUUUUCUAUCAAUCAUUAUGCCUCCGAGGUUAUCUACGAUGCUAGUAAUUUUCUGAAGAAGAAUAGAGACACUGUCUCGGCUCAACUUAGUGAAAUAGUACAACGAAGUGAUAAUAUGUUUAUCAGGAAUUAUUUUCAACUGGGUAGUUUUGCUACUACCUCUAGAAACAGAGGAGGAAGGUCAUCAUUUCGAGGACGAGAAAGUAUUUGCUCGGAAUCAUCUAAUUCAAGUCGUACUGGUAAAUUGGUUGGACGUGUUUCAGAUUCAUUUCAGAAAUCACUCAAGAGAAUGAUGGAUAAAGUUCAGACUCUCCCGCCCUUGUUUAUCAGAUGCAUCAAACCCAAUCCUAAACUACAACCUUCGAAAUUUGAUGGUGAGCUUGUGCGUCAACAGUUAGAGAGAAGUGGUAUUAUGGAUGCUGCGAAAGUGAGAUGUAGUGGUUAUCCGGUUAGAAUGUUCUUCAAGGAUUUUGUCAAACGAUACUCAAUACUCCAAAAUACAGAAACUCCAAGAUCAACUCCGAAAUCAGAUUGCGAGAAUAUACUUAACUCACUUAAAAUAUUUGACUACGGAAUUGGUAAAACUAAAGUUUUCCUGAAAAUGAAGCACAGAGACAAACUGGAAGACCAAGUGGUUGAAAAGGAGAAAUUAAAAGAAAAAGAGAAACGCGACACUGAAGCAAGACGACGAGAAGAGGCAAAGGAAUUAGCAAUAAGACAAGCAUCCUCCAUGAACCAAGAUUCUGAAUCCACGCGGGAUGCCUUUACGGCCCCGCAAGAUGGUUCAGAUAGUGGAUUGUCGUCUAACUCAGAUCUAUAUAACCCCUAUAUGAAUCAAGAAACAUUAAACGAUUCAAUGGGUAAAGGGUUUAUGCCUUCACUGAAAGAAGGAUUAGAAGAUAAUAAGUCUGUUAUUGAUGAAUACGACGAUAAUGAGAAUAUCACUGAUCAAUUGAAUACAGAAACAGAAAAAGACACAGAUAAGAAUGCGUCAAAAUCGACGAAAUCAGAAAAAGAUUCAUCGAAAACAGAAGCUUGGGAAACAAUGUGCAUUACAGAAAGAGACUGUGAAAAUUCUAAUGAAUUCGAAGAUUCGGUACGACGAAUCGUCAGAUGUGUUAUGUAUAUUUUCCUAUUGGUUUUUGUGUGUGGAAGUUGUUCAGUAAGCAAAUUAAGCAUGUACUGGAUCUCCAAAUCUGUUAUAGUUACAUCUAAGUCACAACCUCAUCGCAAUAAGUUAUUUAUUCAAUUAAUAUGGUGUAUUACUGUUCCAAUGAUAUAUAAAUGGUGUUUAACUAUGUUUAAAGCUUUGUUUGCCACCUCUAAUAAACCUUCAAAAAAGGCCAUAUUUGUGUUAACUGUGGUAGAUGUAUUUCAAACAUGUGGACGCUGUGUGAUGAUUCUGCUAGUGAUGCCGUAUUUAUCACCCAUAGAAACAACAUUAUGUACAUUAUCAGUUGGUCUGUUACCAGCGAUCUUAAAUAUACAUAACGAAUUUACUGCACGGGCUAAACCAAAAUCAGAAGCUAUAGACCCAGUGUUAGAAAAAGAAUUAAAUAUUUCAACCCAUGUUCCUGGUAGAAGACGCUUUAUCUAUGUUAUUUUUGUAUCAUUUCUUGUAUUUUUGGUGCAAUUGGGCUCACCUUUCGCUGUAAUUUUUACGGGAACAUUUUCUCAAUUGCCAUCAAAGGGUGAUAACUCCCAAUUGCGAUUGGGAGCUUUAUUUUGUUUAGUAUGUUUUUGUGUUACUGUUACCUGGUGGGAGAACUUCGCCUUCGGAAAAUUAAAAUGCUGUAAUUUUGAUUUGAAUGAAGUACGGAAGAAUUUGCGCCGUGUGCGCACGACAGGUUAUAUUUACUCGGCACCGAUACAGAUAGUCCUUAGUGGUCUUUUUAUGCAUUUUUUAUUGGACAAUGAUAUGGAAGAUUCUUUCAACUACUAUUGGAAAUCAUUCAGUUCCAUGUUUUUCAUCAAGAAAAAAAUACUGGAACAUUUUAAAGAGUUCGGGCUGAUGUAUAUUCAAAUGAUAUCAACUAAUAUGUGUGUUUAUUGUUCUGGAAUAGCUUGUAGAUUACACAUGCAACAAUUAGGAUUUGCUUUACCAAUUGUGAUUGUACCUAUAGUGUUUACAGCUCUAGGUAGUCUGUGCUUCCCAGUUGAAUGGUAUACCAUUCCAAACAGUUGUUUAAAAUUUGCUGCACCUCAGGGACAAGCAGAUUGGAUAACGAUAGGUUUGACAAUUGGUGUGUAUCUAUCUUAUUUAUUCUUAACAAGACACAUAUGGCAACCAAAAGCUGAAAGAAUGGCUAAAAUAGAAAAGUUGUUUUCAUUCGGGCAUAGCGACCCAGUAUUCCCUGACGUUAGUUUGGCUUUAAAACGACGACAAGAUAAAGCCGAGAAUAUUGAAUAUAAGAAGAAAAAACAGACAUUUAAACAACCGAUGGUUUACAUUUGUGCAACUAUGUGGCAUGAAAUUCAACAAGAAAUGUUACAGUUAUUGAAAUCAUUGUUCAGGUUGGAUUUUGACAUCUGUAAACGAUACCUGGCUCAGAAAAAAUUUGAAACCAAUAUAGAAGAUUUGUACACAGCAGAAAUUCAUAUUAUAUUUGACGACGCCUUUGAAACAGAUGAAAAAACUAAACAGAGAAUGAUGAAUGGCUAUGUUCGACAGUUGAUUCAAGUAAUGCCUAUGGCAUGUUCAUCUGUAUCUAAAGGUAGUGUUGUAUUGAAACCUGUGAAGAAAAUCACCACUCCCUAUGGUGGACGGUUAGAGUGGAUCAUGCCAGGUGGUACCAAGAUGGAGGUCCAUCUCAAAGAUAAAAAUAAGAUUAGACACAAAAAGAGAUGGUCUCAGAUUAUGUACAUGUAUUAUCUCUUGGGACAUAAACUAUUGAAGAACUAUCAAACAUCAGAUGAUUUGCUUCGUGAAGCUAAAGGUAGAGCACCAUCGGCAUCUGGAGUACGUCCAUAUUCUUCUCUACUAAAUAAAUUACCAGCUACUGUGGUGGAAGAGGCUGCUAAUACUUUUAUAAUGGCACUGGAUGGGGAUGUUGAUUUUGGGCCAGAAUCUGUUCGAUUGUUGAUUGAUAGGAUGAAGAAAAAUCGAGAUGUUGCAGCUGUGUGCGGUAGAAUUCAUCCUAUUGGACAAGGCCCAAUGGUAUGGUACCAACAAUUUGAAUAUUCAGUUGGUCAUUGGUUACAGAAAGCUACUGAGAAUGUUCUAGGCUGUGUAUUAUGUUGUCCCGGAUGUUUCAGUUUAUUUCGUGGACUGUCACUGAUGGAUGAUAAUGUUAUGAGACUCUAUGCUAUAGAUGCCACAGAAGCAAAGCAUUUUAUACAAUAUGAACAGGGUGAGGAUAGGUGGUUAUGUACUCUUCUGUUACAACAAGGAUACAAGAUUGACUAUUGUGCUGGUUCGGAUGCAUUCACUUACGCUCCUGAAACUUUUCAUGAUUUUUACAUUCAGCGACGACGAUGGUCUCCUUCUACUAUGGCAAACGUUAUGGAUCUUCUAGGCUCCUGGAAAACUACCAUAAAAAUGAACAACAACAUCAGUACACCAUUCAUGUUUUAUCAGUUUAUCCUAAUGGCAUCGAGUAUUCUAGCUCCUGGAACAGUGUCCUUCAUGAUAGCCGGAUCCUAUACUGCAGUACUUAAUUUUAAUGCCUGGCAGUCUUAUUUGCUCUCUGUAUUACCAAUACUAGCCUUUAUUCUUCUAUGUUUGAAAGCAAAGACAGAAACACAAGUGGCAGUAGCAGCCGUUCUAUCUUCUGUUUAUGCUAUUGUGAUGGUUAUUGUAUCUGUUGGUACAGUGAUAAAUAUCGUUCAGGAAGACUUUUACACACCUAAUGUUCUUUUUCUUGUGGGACUGUCAGCAAUAUUUGUGAUAACUGCCUUGAUUCACCCUAAAGAACUUAUGUGUUUAAUCCAUGGUAUCUUGUACUAUUUAACCGUACCUUCAACUUUCGUAUUCCUUACAGUAUUUUUCUUGUGCAAUCUGAAUAUUGUAUCAUGGGGUACCCGGGAAGCGCCUAAGAAAACUGAUGAUGAUGAUGAAUUGGGGAUGCCAGUACAAAAGCCACCAGAAAAAAGUAAAUUUCGAAAAUUCAUUGAUUCAAUCGGUAUCCCGUCCAUAUUUGAUGAACUUAGUAAUUUCAUUCGACAAACUCUAGGAAAAGAGGCCGAGCCUAAAAGCUCGAGCAGUACACCAAAUCAGAUGGAAUCUGGAUUGACAACUACUGUCCCGUCCGGACAAUGUACCCCAGCGGUGAAAAAGAAAGUUCCUCGAAAACCGAAAGUGAAAUGGGUUGAACUUCCUGAUUCUUGGAAAUCUGCCGAAUGUAUCAAAGAUGGAAUUGAAGGAGAAUUGUCAGAGAAUGAAACCAUCUUUUGGCAGAAACUUCUCACUAAGUUCUUGUUGCCUAUCAAAGAAAACAAAGAGAGACAAGAACAAAUAGCUAGUGAUCUUAAAUCAAUCCGGAAUAAUGUGGUGUUUGCUUACUUUCUGGUAAAUCUUAUGUUCACAUUAGUUAUUCUUCAGUUAGAUUUAAAAGAAGAUCUGCUACGAGACCAAUUCUUCAUUGUUGGAAAAUACGAACCAGUUUCUGUGUUGUUUCUUGGCGUAUUCGCUGCUCUGAUUUUGACUCAAUUUAUAGCUAUGUUAAUACAUCGGUGGGGAACUUUCCUAUUGCUAAUUUCUAACACUACAAUUGACUGGUGCAGUAGUUACAACACGAAUGAUACCGCUACUGCCCUAAAAGAAAUUGAAGAAAUGCAGAAAGGUGAACAGGAAGUUAUAUUUAGAGAUGAUUCUGAAAGUGAUUCAGAAUAUCCAGCAUUAGAUAUCGACUAUUCAGACAAUGAAGAUGAUGAAAGUGAACAAACUGACGAACCAAUCAGUCAGUAUGAGAAAAUUGUAACAAAGGAACACAAACGUCGAAGAAAGAGUAUGGUAGCUGGAAUGGAAGAUUUUCAGCCAAGUGCUUGGGUAGCAACCUCCCAAAGAAACAACAGGAGUAUUGCCGUUAGAAAUCUAUACAGGAGAACAUCCAUCAGUCCUUUAAGUCAACAAUUCGGCGAAUCUGAACAUAAUUAUACACGUGGACGUUACAACCGCAAAUCAACCGUUCACAGACAAUUUAACCCCCCAUCAACGUCCAAUUACACACGAAGAUACACCCCAAAAAGUUCCUCGGUUUUCCACAACGCUUCCUACAAACCAGAUUUUCCUGAAACUAUACCAGAAUGUGAUUAUGAUUGAUAUGAGAAUUGACAAGAGAAUGUAAUAUUCUCUCACGACAGUAGUUAUAAAAUAUAAUGACCUGAACGAAUUGUCAAACCUGGUUGACAAAGGAUAAAUAUGACCUGCAGCACAAUGAUUAAGUAGAGGAACUCAAGUUAGUUCCUUAGACAUGGAACUCAACAGGUAAAAGCUACAGCAAGUCGCUUUUCUAAAAUGCGAAAAAACACUGAAAGAGGGUGCUGGGACAGAGUGGUAUAGAUUUUCUCAAAGAAUCAUGUGCACCAGCAUCGGGUACCUGAUUUGUAUUUUUCCUGAAGACAAUAUGCUUGUUACUAAUCAUUAUAUAUAUUUAUAGUAUUAUGUUUAUUUAUUUCUGUGAUAUUUGUAUAUUUUAAGUGCCAUAAUUUAUUAUGAUGUUAAUACAUUUCCGAUAACAGAUAUUUUUAUAUUAUAUGAAUUAUUAAUAUUAAGCUUGAAUAAAGUUUUAUGGGGUUUG